AUGGAUACCAAUGACUUUUCUGAGGAGAAGGAGUUACACGAAGGAGUAUACGGUGCUUCCCAUCAGGAGAAGACGCCCAAAGCGAAAUUAAGAUCUUACAAAGUGCACCGGUCUCAGACCUAUCAAUCUACUACUCAACUUUUCCUCUCGGCUUCUUUGACCUUGCACUCGAGAUUCGACACCUGA